UCUGACGUCGCCGUCAAGCUGCUCGACUGCGUCAGAGUCCAGCUGAGCGAAGGAAGAAGGAAACGGGGAAUAAAAAAGGAAAGCGGUUCUCAAAGACCGGGGAGAGCGGACGGGCCGUGUCAGUGAUCUGUGUCGUGUCCACCGCGGACGGACGGACGGACAGACAGACAUGGAGGGCUCCACGGAGGAAGACUACAAAGAGAAAUUAUUAUGGAACGUUAAACGCGAGGUGAAGCAGAUUAUGGAGGAAGCAGUGACUAAGAAAUUUGUCCACGAAGACAGCAGCCACAUCAUUGCUCUAUGCACUGCCAUCGAGGCCUGCCUGGGUCACCUGCUGAAGAGACGGGCAGCUGGUUUUCUCCGCAGCGACAAGAUCGCUGCCCUCUUCACCAAAGUUGGCAAAGUCUACGACACAGCUGGCGAGAUUUGCCGUAAAGUGCAAGAGCAACUCCAGCAGCAGGCUGAUCUCACCAGGAGAACCCAGAGUGUGGGCCAUGAACCUCUGAGGAGACAGGGAUCCUCCACCACCAGCCGCCCCCCUCAGCCUCUCUCUGCCCAGGCCAUCAAACACAUCUGGGUCCGAACAGCUCUCUUCGAGAAGGUUCUGGACAAGCUAGUGCAGUACAUCGUGGACAACUCCAGUAAAUACUAUGAGAGGGAAGCUCUGAUGCAUGACACAGUCUUCGGGCCCAUCUUGGCAGCCCUACUGGUGGGGCCCUGUGCUCUGGAAUACAGCAAACUGAAGACGUCAGAUCAUUUCUGGACUGACCCCUCAGCCAACGAGCUAGUUCAGCGCCACCGUAUCCACGGGGCCCACCGGGGCCAAGACACGCCGGCCGGCCGCCGGCCUGCUCUCGGGAUCCGCAAGAGGCAGUCCAGCGGCAGCAUGUCAGAGGACAGGUUUGCUGCUUCAGCGAGGGAGUAUGUGGAGUCUCUUCACCAAAACUCCAGAACACACCUUCUCUACGGCAAAAACAACGUUCUGGUGCAACCGAAGAAGGACAUGGAGGUGUUGCGGGGCUACUUGUCACUGCACCAGGCUGGCGAUAACCUCACCCUGAAGUGGACACCCAACCAGCUCAUUAACGGCACGCUGGGAGAAUGUGACCUGGAGAAGAGUAUCUACUGGGACUAUGCACUGACUGUCCCUCUGCGCCAGAUAGUCUGUAUCCACUGUCACCAACGCCCUGAUUGCGGUGGUACACUGGUUCUGGUGAGUCAGGAUGGAAUCCAGCGACCGCCUCUCCACUUCCCCCCCGGUGGCCACCUCCUGGCCUUCCUCUCCUGUCUGGAAACAGGCCUUUUACCACGGGGUCAGCUGGAGCCCCCCCUCUGGUCACAGAAAGGCAAGGGUAAAGUAUUCCCUAAACUGAGGAAAAGGAGCAGUAAUGCCAGGCUCCUUGACCAGGACGAGAGCGGCGAAGAGCAGACAGCUGCCGACUACGUGUUUCGCAUCGUCUACCCUGGAUGCCGCUCCGACGCCACAGUCACUAUAAACUACCACCACACCACGGGCAGCCGCGCUCCAUCGCUGGACGAUGACGAGGAAGAGGAAGAUAGGCUCCAUGCUAUGAUCUCAAUGAUCUGCUCGCGGAACCUCACAGACCCUAAUGUCAUGAAAGACCACGGGGAGAUGAUGGAGAUGCAGGGUUUCGGAGGCAGCCCGUCGUCGUGGCAACAGGCCGAAGUAAUCACUCACGAACCGCUGUGCCUGUCCUGCUCCACGGCGGGCAGCAACGUGUCGUUCGACUUCCCGGCCGGCUGCACCUGCAUUCACCCAACCGACAUUCACACUAUUCCUCUUAAGAUGCUCUGCCAGAACAUGAAGAGGCAGAUCGUCUCCAGAGCCUUUUAUGGAUGGCUGGCUUACUGUCGACACCUGUCCACUGUUCGAACUCACCUGUCAGCUCUGGUCAACUACAGCAUCGUCCCUCCUGACAGACCCUGCGAAGCGUCCGGGGGCCUCAGCAAGGAGGUGUGGAGCAAGUACCAGAAAGACUGCAAGAACUAUAAGGAGCUGGAGCUGUUAAGGCUGGUUUACUAUGGUGGAGUGCAGCAUGACAUCAGGAAGGAGGUCUGGCCUUUCCUGCUCGGACACUACAAGUUUGGCAUGGGCAAGAAGGACAUGAGCCAGAUUGAUGCAAAGAUCAGCGAGCGCUACCAGCAGGUGAUGCGGGAGUGGAAGGCCUGUGAGGUGAUUGUCAAGCAGAGGGAGAAGGAGAUGCAGUCGGCCAUCUUUGCCAAGCUCUCCUCGGGCAGCAGCAUCGAUAGUCACGUCCUGCGACUCGUUCACAGAGACUCCACGCUCAGCAACGAGGUGUUUAUGUCGGUGGAUGAGCCGGAUGCAGGGAGCCAGGAGACCCCCAGUGGAGAGGACAGUACCCCCACCAUGACCACUCUGGUUCCCCCUGCAGCCCUCCCUCCAGAGGAGCGACCUCUGGUAGAGUUUGAUUCCCCCGACUCAGGUCUCCCCUCCUCCAGAAACUACUCAGUGACCUCUGCUCAUUCCCAGAUCCUGUCCAGCAUAGACGACGGUCAGAGCACGGAAGAGGAAGGGGGGGGGGGAGAAGAGGGCAGGACUCCGGGUGUGCUGGGGGGGCGUCAGGACUCUCUGAUCGAGGACAGACUGUGCAGUCAGCUGGACAAACUGGUGACCAAUGGAGCGGCUGCAGAGGCGUGUUCCCCUUCACUCUCCUCCUACACGAUCGAGCUGUUGGACACGGUCGCCCUCAACCUCCACAGGAUAGACAAAGAUGUGCAGCGCUGCGACCGCAACUAUUAUUAUUUCACCUCAGCCAACCUGGAGAAACUACGCAACAUCAUGUGCAGCUUUGUGUGGGAGCAUCUAGAGAUGGGCUACGUUCAGGGCAUGUGUGACCUGCUGGCUCCGCUCAUGGUCAUCCUGGAUGAUGAGUGCCUGGCGUACAGCUGUUUCACCCAGCUAAUGAAGAGGAUGAGUCAGAACUUCCCUAAUGGUGGAGCCAUGGACACACACUUUGCCAACAUGAGGUCACUGAUCCAGAUCCUGGACUCGGAGCUGUUUGAACUGAUGCAGCAGAAUGGAGAUUACACUCACUUCUACUUCUGUUACCGCUGGUUCCUGCUGGACUUCAAGAGAGAGCUCCUGUACGAUGAUGUGUUCGCGGUGUGGGAGGUGAUCUGGGUGGCUCCCAGGAUUUCCUCGCAGCACUUCGUCCUCUUUCUGGCGUUGGCCCUGGUCACAGUUUACCGUGAGAUCAUCAUGGACAACAACAUGGACUUCACGGACAUCAUUAAGUUCUUCAAUGAGAUGGCUGAGCGUCAUGAUGUCCAACAUAUCUUGAAGAUAGCACGGGAGCUGGUGCACAAAGUCCAGUCUCUGAUGGACAACAAGUGACUAUAGAGGAGUGUGAGGAUGCAGAGGGAGACACUCAGCUCUUCCUCUCAUCCUACAAAGAGACAGUGUUGCCAGGCCUCCACCUAUCCAGGGAAGAGCCAGGGAGUCCAGGUCUCCUCCCUGCCCAGAUCAAGGCCCUGGGAGUGGGGCAGGAGCGCUGCUGGAGCGGCCUGGCUCUGGAGCUCGGCUUCGAUCUGUUUACAUUUACCUUCACAUGGAAUGCCCAUGGUGUCCGUUCAGACAUGUGGAUUUGUCUGCAUGCUUGUGAGUUUAAUCACACUGUGAACACAUUAUUGAGUCUCCCCAGUCCUACAGAGCUUGUGUGCGUGCAUGAGAACACACAUACACACACACACACACAUGCACAAACACACUCCUAAAUAACAUUGGCUCUAUCACUACUCCACUUUUCUAGAGUGACUCUGAACCAGAACAUAUUGGAUGCUUGUCAGGAAGGCUUCAGUGUUUGACAGAUUCCUCCAUGUGAUGCCAGUGGUGGCCAUGAGGGGGCAGGAUUUACAGACAACAAUGUCAGAGGAGCAGAAGACUUAGCCAAGAAGAAGUUUUCAUAAGUGACCAAAUGGACUGUGCCAACUACCUUUUCAUGAGUGCUUUAUACUACAUGCAUGCAUAUGUGUGUGUGUGUGUGUGUGUGUGUGUGUGUGUGUGUGUGUGUGUGUGUAUGUGUGUGUGUGUGUGUGUGUGUGUGUGUGUGUGUGUGUGUGUGUUUACCAUCCCCCCCCUUCUGUCUUCUACAUUCUCACACAAAUGUUGCCUUUAUCAGUAACAGCCCAAGGUACUUAGUUGCACUUUCUGUGAGGAUUUCCUUCCUGGUGCCUGUGAAGGCCUCACCAGAGUUGGUGUGGGCCGGAGACGCCACAAGAGGAUGAAUUGCAGCCAACUUUCCUGAGCAUGUUAGUCAGUGGUUAAUGCAUGUGUAAUCCUUGUUCCAAGGUAACAUAGCAGCAGAGCACAACAGUAAAGACAAAAGCACACGGGCCUUCUUCCUUACUUUAAUACAAAACUUGUGUAUCUGUAUUUUGUAGUAACAGGGUUUGUGUUCAGGGUUGUAGCUACCACUGGGGAUGCUGAGGUCAUGGCUUUUGUAAUAUAUCUGGAUUUAGGAAUUACUAUUCUGUGAUUACACACAUAUUACACGUCAGGUUUUAAAAGCUGAUGUUUUUCAGAAUAAAUAUCUUAAAUAUCACUGUUUUUAAGAAAAACUAAAGGAAUUUAGUACUAUCCAACACUUUUUAGAGCAGUAUGUUGGGAAAUACAAAUGUACAACCUUAAAAAACAAUAACCUAAAAGUAAUUGUCGGAUUUCUUCUUUUUCUACUCUAAAGUUUUUACAUUGUGAAGAGUCCCGGGCUCGUCAAAGAUUUCGUAGAUGGGUUGAGCUGCGCUGGAGGGGAAUGUGGACUCCUGACCUCAGUAUUUCUAAAACCCUGCCUCCGGCUCUGUUGUAGUUAGCUUCUGCAAGGUUGGCUGAAGUUACAAAGGACACUUAGCUGAGAAACACACUGACUGAGGACUAAUAAUAAUAAACUGUCCAAUAAAUCAAGUAAUCUAGAUUUAUAGACGCCCCGGCCUGAGAGAAAGAGGGUAUAAGAGAAUGAACAAUGAAACAUGAUUAAAUGAGAAUGAAAGAAAGUAACAGAUUAUAUUUACCGUAAACCCAAAGUGGAUAUUCCUUUAAGAACAAGGCUGGCAUUGUAAUAGAUUUGUAUUUAUUUUUUAUUCCAUGAAAAGACCAAACCUUUCCAACUCUCUGUGGCCUCUGCUCAUCAGUUCCUACUAAAGACAUAAGUCUUUACAACUGGGACUCAAUUACAUAGUUUAAAUUUUAAAAAGGGUAAAGUUUUUCAAACAGCUGGCCACUAUAGUUCUAGCAAACUUUACCAAAACAAGAGUCAAUUCUAAAUGUGUUGGGACUAUUCUCAGUUUUCAAUUUAAUAUUGUAAAAAUGGCAAUUUAAGGUUUAACUGUAUCUACAAGAGUUGUGUGGAAGGGUUAGUGAGGUUUGGAGAAGGCUUCUUGCUUAAGUAUGUGCAUUAGUCGUCUCCAUUGUGCGGUGGAACAUGUGCACACCGACACACACUAACAGGCCCGGGAUCCUGUCCUGGACUUUGUCAGGAAUUUGCAGUAAUCUCUCCCAAACAGGACUGUGUGUGUGUGUGCGUGUGCGUGUGUGUGUGUGUGUGUGUGCGUGUGUGUGUGUUCAGCAGUGCAGCUCUAUGACACAGAUGAUUAAGAUGUAAGGAGACACAUACACAAUACUUGUUAGUAGGAAACAUUCAUUGUUGGUUUGAGUCUUUUCAUGGGAUUUGUUGACAAUACGAAAAAUAGAAAAAAAGAGCUUUUGUCCUUUACAUGAAUCCAAGUUUUCCUUUGCAAGUAGAGACACACAUGCUCACUGAUCUGAAGACCUCAUAUUGCAUUUAGCAGUACUGUCAGGAAAAGUGGUUGCAAUUGUCCAUAGAACCUGAUUCUCCUCCCGCCAAAGUCUAGCCUCUGAAAUGAAAACAUACUUGUACCGGGUUGGUCUAAAUAACAAAUGUGUGUACUGAGAAGAAGCUGCUGUUAAUGCCAAUCUCCCUCUAGUGUUCAGUGAAUCAGUAUUAGGUUGGUUUUGUUUCCCCAGUGACAGCACAGAGUACUUUCAUGUUUGUAUCUGAAGGGAAUCUGGGACAUUUUGAUACUGUUUCCAAUCCCCCUCAUCAGUGUGACCCUUUAUCUCCACCUGCCUCGUCUCCUUAAAAUGUCCAACACGGCUGCAUAUGAUUGGUCAUCCAGCACGGACCUGCACCUGUGAUUCAAGUGCCAAGAGUCUUCCCCGAUCCUGAAGUGUACUGUAGUCAUCCGGCUCUCCGAUUCGCUAGUUUGAUCCCAGUAACGUGCGGUGGUGAGGCUGUACCUCGCUACGGCCUCUCCCCCCUCCACCACCCUGACGGAGGAGGGUCGCCGGGGGGACUGGGGCCCGUAGCAGAGCUCUUUCUUCCAAUCAGGACAUUGUGUACCAAAGCCUUGAAACAGCCCCCUCUGUGGCAUGACGACAAUGUGCAAUUUCAUACUGCAUCUUGAAGACUGACUGUUUACUAUGUGUGUAAAAUAUUUUUGAAAAUGGUGAUCUUGGAUUCUUUAUCUACUGUGCAAUUUCUGUCAUUUGAGAAAAUCCAUCAAAGUCUAUAUUGCUGUAAAUAUGAACCGAAAGCCCAAUAUUUCUAUGAAGGCAGUCAGAACAUAUAACUUAUAUUGAGAUCUAUUUUUUAUGUUGGUUUUAGCAGCACUAGCUGAAGGUGUAUACUGGGCAGUAAUGCAGAAUGUGUGCAGACUGUGUUACACGUUGACUGUUAAGUGUUCUUUCUCAAUGUUGUGCACCGACUUCAAAUUUCUAUUUAUUUAGAGAGCCAAUGAUUGCAUUGCUGAAUAUGUAUUGGUAAGGAUGUAUCAUUUGCCUUGAAUGUAAUGUAUUAUUAAAUAAGAGGUUGUUCAUUA